AUGGCGGCGGCGAGGUGGUCUCUUGUAGUAGUAGUCGGCGCCGCCGUCGCCCUGUCUUGUUCAUCGCGGUGCGCCGCUGCGUCGACGGCCGCGUCCAGCAGCAGGCCACUGGCGUACGCGGCGGGCUCCGACGACUCGUCGUCGCCGCCGAAGGCGUCGCUGGACUGCGGCACGGUGACGUCGCUGCUGGCGGGCUGCGCGGCCUUCGUCCGGCGCGGCGAGGCGGCGCCCUCUCAGUCCGUGCCGGCGCCCGGCGCGGCGUGCUGCGAGGGCGUGGCGGAGCUCUACGCCGUGGCGGCGGACUCCGCGGACAACUGGCGGUCGGUGUGCGGCUGCAUGGCGGGGCUCGUCCGGCGGUACAUCUCCAACGCGUCCGCCAUCGCGCUGCUGCCGGUGCUCUGCGGCGUCCUGCCGCCCGCCGGGCGCGCCGUCGGCGACACCCUGCACGUACUGCACAAGCCCUCCUUGAGGUCGCAGCCAUGGCCGGCCGUGAAAGGGUAAUCGUCAAGAGAAAUUAAAUGUCCUGGUGAUGAUGUCGACGGAGUUGCUUGUUAUGUACACGCUAGAAAAUAAAGUUUGAAGCACAGAUUCUUUUUUGAAAUUAUUGGACAAUAGCUAGCUAGAUUUUUCCAGUAAAUUGUUUGGUGUUGGUCUUUUA